AAAAGUGCUCUUUUGAAAAAUGCUUUUAAAGCAAAAGGAUUUUAGAACCCAACUUUCGAUCACCCAAAGUUGACGCAACGCACAACUAGACCUUUCCACUUUGCCGUUCUGUUUCGUGAUGCGUUCAUCGCUUAUCGCGGCGACUCUUUUCUUGGCCUCAUGUGCAAGUGCUCUUAAUCCUCUUCGAGAAAAGCUCGAACACGCUUUAGAGGAGCUCCGAAGCCAUGAAACCAAGGGAGAUAUUUCACGUAGGGAUUCAUCCACAUCAGAGUUGGCAGACAGUACUAUUAACCUCGUGGGCAUCGACGUUGGCACACCUCCUCAGUCGUUCAAAGCCAUCGUCGACACAGGUUCAUACGACGCUUUUCUGAAAGCCAAAGAAUGCCUGGAUACAGGCUGUGUAAAGGAUACUACCUAUGACGGCUCCAAAAGUUCGACAUUCACCACCACUACAGGACCGUCUGUCACGCUUGCGUACGCAGAUGGUACUGCCGUAACAGGAGUUGCGUCAAGAGAUACCACGACCGUUGGAGGGGUUACAAUGUCAAACUUUACCUUCCUUCGUGUGCUGAGCUACAAGCAGGCGAGUACAAAUGUCAUAACCUACACUGCCAUGCUUGGAAUGGGAAUGCCAAGUUCCAAUGCCACUGCUGGGACCCCUGGCAGACUAAGUGGAAGUAGUCUUGGGCGAUCCGUUACUGGUCAACUUAGCGAUGCGGGCAUCAAACCAAUAUUCGGUCUUUACCCGACACUGGACGGUAAACCAGGAUUGUUGACUCUUGGUGGCAUCGACACUACAAAGUUUUCCGGUGACCUCACUUGGGUCGAUGUUCCAACCUUUGCCAACUCUAGCGCCAUCGACCCUGUUAUGGCGGCCGGUACUGCAGGAAUGUGGAAGGCGGUUAUGGGAGCUGUAAAGUAUCCUGAUGGAACUGAAAAUCAGGUCGCAGGGCUUCCGAUCAUCCUGGAUACUGGUUCCAGCCUUUCCCUAUUCCCCCAAUCCUUUGUAACAAAACUCGGACAGUCAAUCGGUGGGACCCUCCUGGCUCAAGCAGGCGCAUCCGGCCUCCAAAUUUACAAAGUCAGUUGCGACAAGAUCAAGACUCUUCAGGAUCUGACAUUGACCCUUGGCGGAAAGACGGUGUCCAUCCCCCCGAGUAUUUACAUCCAAAACUCUUUUAUAAGAGGAGAAACGGGAUGUGUCCUGGGAUUUGUGAGCUUGGGUACUGAAGGUGCUCUGGGUGGUGCGGCCUUGAUGGGCAUGAACAUCUUGAGAGCAUUUUACACUGCAUGGAAUUGGGGUGACCGUCAAGUCGGCUUUGCUCGACUAGCCGCACCAGCGACUCCUAGCGGUCAACCACGUUCGGGCACCGGCAGUCAGGGUAAUACCGGGUAUUCCCUUCCAGCAUUGCCUAUGAAAGCAUCACUGGCCGUGGCUCUUGGAGUUUGGCUACUCCAGAGUGUAUUGGUAUAACAUUGCGCGACUAGAUAUGCGAAAGGGUUUUAUCUCAUCCAAGUUCGACAACCAUUAUGGAAGGUUUCUAUAGAGAGGCGGAAUAUACAGAGACUGCUUGUAUACGAGUAGAGGCCGGCAAAGCGAUGCUAUUGUCGAUAGACCCUUACAAUUGCUGGCAUCCAAGCAAGCUAUAUAAAUAAACAGAAUAGGACCA